AUGUCAAGAAACUCAACUUCAGAAUAUGUAAAGCUUAUUAGUUCAGACGGAUUCGAGUUUAUCAUCCAAAGAAAUGCAGCCCUCAUUUCCGGAACGAUAAAAAAUAUGUUAUCAAGUCCUGGUCAAUUUAUGGAAUCAGAACAAAAUACGAUUCAUUUUCGGGAUAUUAAAGCUGUGAUAUUAGAGAAAGUUUGCCAAUAUUUGUACUAUAAAGUUCGUUACAAUAAUUCCACAAGUGAAAUACCACAAUUCAAUAUUGAUCCUACCAUUGCUUUGGAGCUGCUUAUGGCUGCUGAUUUUCUCGAUUGCUAA